AUGGGAACGACCUCAGUCCGCCGCAACCUCUUCCAGAAUCACCUCAGCAGGCGCCCAGUCUCGACGUCCGGUCCAAGUAACGGGUCUUCGGGUCUUUCCUCACAGGUGGUGCAGUUGAAUGCCCCUGAGUCCAAUUCUUCCGUGGCGGUCGGCUCUACGGAUGAUGAUGAUAUUGUGGUCAAGGACAAAAAUGGCAGUUACAAGUUAGAAAUUCCUGUGUUGCCGCCUAUCAUGGGUGACGGCGAGGACGACAUGGAGGGCAUUGAGGGGGCACGAGGCCCUGGUGGAAACCCCACAGGUGGCACAGGGGCUACCUCUACAGGACAAGAGAUUGAAGCGGGUCUGGUAGAAAUGAUGUACCGAAAUCGAAAGAGACAAAUGAGCAGCGAACCACAUGAAAUCUUGAAUCUCGUUCACCAGAGUCUCACAAACAAAGUGGCUACAUUGGAGGAGGACAAUUGGAUGUACGAAACCGAAACUGAUAGCCGUGUAUAG